ACUAAACUGAUGUUAAGGGGAAAAAGUGAACAGAAGAGUCCACAGUCCAAGAGUUGUUUUGGGCAUUUAAAUAAAUUACAAAUGGUAGCUUUUGCUUAAAACAGACCUUUAUUUCCAUCCAUACUGCAUAAUAGAGUGAAAUAACAGGGGUGGGGGAAAAAAAAAAUAACUUCAAUAUUGAACUUAUUUUUUAUUUUUAUUUUUUUUUUAGUUACAGUUAGAUUUUCUGAUCUCUUAUUUUGGUUACUUUUGUUUUUGUUGCUGCCUUGUGGUGAAGUCUACUGUGUGUUGACACUGCUGGGGCAACAUGCUGCGCUCCAUAACAAUAAAGCCUGUGGAGUUGAGAGGGAAUGAUAGAGAGCACGAUGAGAGAGAGGGAGAGAGAGAGAGAGAGAAGGAAGGAAAGAAAUUGUACGAGAGGAAGGGAGGGAGAUAAAGAGAGACGGAAGACCCUCCAGCUGAUUCAGCACCAUGGACAGUGCUGCAGCGAGAUUCAGCUGCACAAGGCCGGAACAAGCUUUAUCCUCUGAGAGAAAAGCCAAAAGCUCUUCUCAACAAGCUCUGAUCUCUCUCUCACACACACAUACACACUUAUCUCUCCCCCACGUUUUUUUUCUUCUUUUCCUCUGUCCCCCUCUCGCACACACUUGUCAUUGCUUCUCUCAUAACUGUCUCAGCUGCCUGCCAGCCUCCUGAACCCACGGCAGUUAGUUUCUUAUCAUGCCUCCGUGUGACUGCGCUCUUUGUGCAUCAACAUCAGAAAAUAGUUGACGAAAAGUCAGUCAUGCGCAUGCACGUUUGUGCCACUCACCGACUGGUGAGGCUUUUUAUUUUCCCCAAGUCACCAAAUUUAGAGAGGAGGCACGAGUACGGGAAGGGUUCAAAAGGACAGUGUGCACUAACCGGUACCGGUUUGAGUGUUUUAGAAACAGAGCAGGUGUGUUUGGUCCUCGGAGAGAGGUGUGGAGUGAGGAGAGGAAGGGAUUUGUACAAAGAAAGAAUCUUAGAGGGAGUUGAAGAGGUAGAGAUGGUGAGAAACAUGACAACAGGGUAUUUGACCAUUUUCAAUCCAGUUGUUACUGGUGUCUCAGUUGGGUCCCACGCCCCUGUUAUUGUCAUAUCCAUUUUUUUGGCAACAGUUUAUCUGAGGUGUCACUCCCUUAUAACCUCGUACGGUGGUGUGAAAAAGUGUUCAUUUUGUUCUUCUUAGGCCAUUCAGAGGUGGACUUGCUGGUGUGUUUUGGGUCAUUAUCCUGCUUCAGAACCUAAGUUCGCUUAGCCCCAGACCAUCACACUACCACCAGAUUUUACUGAUGGUAAGAGGUUCUUUUUCUCAAACGCGAUUACGUUACUCACGUUACUUUUAUGAUAGAUAUAACGGGACAAACACCUUUAAAAAAGUUUCACUUUUAACUCGUCAGUACGUGGGGUAUUUUCCCAAAAGUCUUGGGGAUCAAUAAGACCUUUUCUGGCCAAAUUGAGACGAGCAUUUAUUUUCUUUUUGCUCAGCAGUGGGUUUUCUUGGAACUCUGCCAUGCAGGGCAUUUAUGCCCAGUCUCUUUCUUAUGGUGGAGUCAUGAACACUGACCUUAACUGAGGCAAGCGAGGUCUGCAGUUCUUUGGAUGUUGUUGUGGGGUCUUUUGUGGCCUCUUGAAUCUCUUGGGAUCAUCUUGGUCGGCUGGCCAUUCCUGGGAAGGUUCACCACUGUUCCAUGUUUUCACCACUGCUUUAGAAAUGACUUUACCAGAGUGCAAGAUCUCAUUUACUUACUUUGUCAUUUGUUUUGUUUUGGGGGGAGGGUUGUGGACACUUUUUCCCCCUUAAUAAUAAAAAACUCCAUUUAACAACUGCAUUUUGUAUUAUCUUUGUCUUAUAUUUAAAUGUGUUUGAUGAUCUGAAACAUUUAGUUAUGACAAACAUGCAAUAAAAUAAGAAAUAAGGAAGGUGGCCACCUUUUGACACCACUGUACAGAACUUGUAUAAACUAAAUAUUAGUAUAAAUUGCCAUAGAAUUCGUUGUAAGAGUCAAAUUUCGUGGAGGUGCAGUAGAAAUAUUUCUUGAUAGCAUCAGUGUCAUUGGCUCAUUGUUACAAGGCCAUUAUUUUAUUACAUCAGUUAUUCUGCCCAUUAUAUUGUUUGAUCUGUUCUCUAUAAUUGAUUAGUCUGUGAGUGGUCAGCCAGUUUGCCAGCUUUUUUAUUUAAAUCACUUGGUCUCUAGGCUAAUUUUGCGUUGUUACCCCACUUCAAUCAAGCCUAAGACUUGUCCAGUAGUAUGUAACAAAUUUGUGAUCCAGCCAGGAGUGGCCAAAACAAAUGUAAAACUAAGUAGCAGAGACCAGUAUUUUCAUUGAUUCAUGAUGGCAGCACAGUGCCAGUUAAAAUAUUUGCCAUUUGUUCAUAAAUAUGACUGAAAACAUCAGCAAUUUUACCAAUGUCCUGAAAAUGUUAGAACACAAUGAAAGGAAUGAAGCAGAACUAUUAGUCUUGUGUAUGUAUAAACUCAUUCAAGAAGAUGAAUGGUUUUAGAAUACUCUACACUUUAACAACGAAUAAAGUGCUUGUUUUUCUACUGACAGAUUCAAAAUUCAAUCAAAAUUAAUGGUUUACUUCAACCACACACAUAUAUCCACCUAAAAAAAACAUUUGCAGUUUAAUUACUGUAUACUACUAGUUGAGUUAAUUUAAAACUUGAUUAAGACUAAAUGGAUGAUAGCGAAAUCAGGUUAAAUUGUAUCCAGAUUAUCUACUCAACAUUUAAUUCAUUGUCAUUCAUUCAUUGUCAAUGAUUGUCACAAUGGGAAAAAUGACUGGCACUUUUAUAUGUGGGCAGAUAAUUAAAUUAAAUUAAAUUAAAUUAAUUCUGAAACUUUGUGAUGUUGUGUUUGAUGCCUGGUGGAAUGGAAUGUUCACAGUGGGCGGAGCAUGUUGUCUUUAAUCUGCUCCUGGUAUAUGGGCGUGGCCUGUUCUGGUGGGGCUUCUUUCAUCUUCAAAGGCAGUGACAUCAUCAAUCAUGUGACCAGUCCAUGUAUAUAGGCACAACAGAGCAUUCAGUCACAACUACUAGACACUUCGUAUCUACUAGAAAUUCGGAUUUAUUCCACAGUCUACCGUAAAGAGCAAUCGAGAAAACCAGUCUACACAGACAACACAGACGUACAUCAGUACAAAGCUCCCGUCUUCACAGACAACUAGAAGGAUCAACAGAAGACUGCUGUCUACUACAGACAACUUCUAAUCUGUUUUAACACACAUCUACUGUUACAAUUCUUUACUGUUGAAUUGUUUCCCAUUUCAAUGGCUGACACUUACAACCCAGCACAAGUGUGGAGAGUGAGCAAUGCUCCCCGACCCACAGGGGCAUUCGCAGACAAUGCUCCCCAACCCACAGAGGGGCAUGAAGGCAGUGCUCCCCAAUCAACAGAGAUGCACAUAGGCAAUGUGCCCCAAGUACCCACUGGGGCAAUCAAAGGCAAUCCUCCCCAACUGCUCACUGGGGCAUUCACAGACAAUGCUCCCCAAGUACCCACCGGGGCACUCAAAGACAAUGCUCCCCAACUACCCACAGGGACAUUUAUGGGCAAUGCUCCCCAACAACCCACAGGGACAUUCACGGGCAAUGCUCCCCAACUACCCACAGGGACAUUCACAGGCAAUGCUCCCAAACUGCCCUCAGAGGCAUUCACAGGCAGUACUCCCCAACCCACAGGGGUGCACAAGGACAAUGACCCCCAACCCACAAGGUCAUACAUGGGCAAUGUUCCACAACCCACAUUGGCAUUCAUGGGCAAUGUUACCCAAUACACAUGUGUGCACAAGGGCAAUGCUUACCAACCCAGAGGGACAUUCACCCCCAAUGCUCACCAACCCACAGGGACAUUAACCCCCAAUGCUAACCAACUCAGUGGGCCACUGAUCCCCAAUGCUUACCAACACAGUGGGCCACUGAUCUCCAAUGCUUACCAACCCACAGGGGCAUUAACCCCCAAUGCUAACCAACUCACUGGGCCACUGAUCCCCAAUGCUUUCCAACCCAGUGGGCCAAUGAUCCCCAAUGCUUUCCAACCCAGUGGGCCAAUGAUCCCCAAUGCUUACCAACCCAGUGGGCCACUGAUCCCCAAUGCUUACCAACCCAGUGGGCCACUGAUCACCAAUGCUUACCAACCCAGUGGGCCGUUGAUCCCCAAUGUUUACCAACCCAGUGGGCCGUUGAUCCCCAAUGUUUACCAACCCAGAGCGACAUGCACCCCCAAUGCUUACCAACCCAGGGGGCCAUUGAUCCCCAAUGCUUACCAACCUACAGGGACAUUCCCCCCCAAUGGUUACCAACCCACAGGGACAUUCAUCCCCAAUGCUUAUCAACCCAGAGGAACAUUCACCCCCAAUGUUCAUCAACCCGGAGGGAUCUUGCCCCUCAAUGUUCCCCAACCUAGUGCACUGUCCAUGGCCAACCCUCACUUUAUUCAGCUGCAAAAUCAAAUUGAAGCAUAUAAAGAUGACAAUCAGUUUUUAAGGGAGACGACACAAUUUUUGCACACCCAUGUGCUCAGCCUGCUUCGACAAAGGGCAGACCUUUUGAACCAGCUGAGUGAGUCCGAGAAGAAAAUAGAAAUACAGGUGAAACUUCUGGCAGAGGCCCGCUCACAGACUGUCAAUAAUUCCAGUGAUGCCAACUCCAGUGAGGCCAACUCACAGACUGACAAUAACUCCAGUGAGGCCAGCUCACAGACUGACAAUAACUCCAGUGAGGCCAGCUCACAGACUGACAAUAACUCCAGUGAGGCCAGCUCACAGACUGACCAUAACUCCAGUGAUGCACACUCAAAUGAGGCCAGCUCACAGAUUGUCAGUAACUCCAGUGAGGCCUGUUCACAGACGGACAAUAACUCCAGUGAGGCUUGCUCACAGACGGACAAUAACUCCAGUGAGGCCUACUCACAGACAGACAAUAACUCCAGUGAGGCCUGCUCACAGACAGACAAUAACUCCAGUGAUGCCUACUUCAAAGAGGCCAGCUCAGAGACUGUCAGUAACUCCAGUAACUACCAGCAGGAGUUAAAUGAGCUGAAGGAGUUUCUUCACCAGAGAGAGAGUGAAAUUCUGCUCCUCAAAACUGAGAAGCAAAGUCUCUGUGAUGAACUGAUGAACCUCAGGAAAGAUGAGGCCUCAAAAUACAGUGCCCUGGAGGACACAUUGAGAAAAGAAGUGGAAGAGGAGAAGAUGGCGCUCCAGGAGGACAAAAACAAACAGGAAAAGGAAAUGAAAGCUCUGGAUGAGACCAAAGAAAAAGUUAAAGAGGCCAUUAAAAAGCUGAAGGAAGAAAAGAAAAAGAUGAAGCAAGAGAAGAAACAACUCAAGGGGGGAAACAUAGAACCAAAUGAAACUAACACAUUGGAGAGAGAAAAGAAAGAAAUUAUGGACACACAGAUUAAACUAGAGUCCAUAAAGAAGGAAAUGGAGGAAAAGAUUAAGAAAGUGGCAGAGGAGGAGAAAUACCUGUUAGGAGCAAAGAAGGAAUUGGAGAAGGAGAAGGAAGUUCUGAAAAAGCAAAAGCAAGAACUGGAAGAAGGGAAACAAGAUCUGAAAGAGGAAAUGAACGAACUCAUAGACGACAAGAGAGAUCUGACAGAGGAUAGAAGAGAACUGGAAGAGGAGAAGAAAGCUCUGAGAGAGGAUAAAAGAGAACUAGAAGAGGAGAAGAAAGCUCUGAGAGAGGAUAAAAGAGAACUAGAACAGGAGAAGAACGCUCUGAUUGAAGCCAAGAAACAGGUGGCUCAAGAGAGGAAAGAUCUGUUGGAGGCAAAGAGAGAACUGGAGGAGAUCAAUGAGCUGAAGCCUCAAGAGAUAGAGAUACAUACAGAGACAAAAGAAGAAAAGAAAGAGAGAGAAAAGAAAGAAAAAAAUGAGAAGAAAGAGAGGGAAAAGAAAGAAAAGGAAGACAAGAAAGAGAGGGAAAAGAAAGAAGAAGUGAAGAAACAGAGAGAGAAGAAAGAAGAGGAAGAGAAGAAAGAGAGAGAAGAGAAAGAAAGG